AUGGAGGAACAUAAUCACAUCGCGUCUGUAAACGUGGCCGAAGAAUUGGCCAGAAAAGACCAACAACUGGAACAAUUACACCAAGCGUAUAUGAAUUUGCAACAACAAAAUGACCAAUUACAAGAACAACCAUUAAACCAAUCCAACCUCAUGAGGGACAACAUUUUUAAGAUGAUGGAAGAAAUUAAAAUCAACAAGCUUGAAGUUGAGGACGGUUGGACCUUAUGGAAGUUCCAGAUAAAGGCGAUGCUUAGAGCUGGUGGCCUAUGGGAACUUGUAAGUGGAGCUGUAACGAAACCUGAAGCUGACGGUGAACCUAGAAAGCAAUGGAUAAAAGAUGAUGCAAACGCGCAGAAAAUUCUGGUCGUUUCAAUGGGCGAAGCACCGCUGAUGCAUAUUAUAAACUGUGAAACUGCUGCUGCUAUGUUUGCUACGCUGGAGAGCGUUUCCGAGCAAAAGUCGGAUACAUCAAUUCAUUUGCUACAACAACAAUUUUUUCAAUACGUAAAAAGCGCCGAAGACAGCAUUGCAAUGCAUAUAGCGAAGUUGCAGAAGAUUGCAAGGCAAUUAGAAGAUCUGGGUGAAAAAAUCUCCGAGAAUAUGCUGGUAACAAAAAUUCUAAUGACAUUGCCGGAGCAAUAUAAUCAUUUCUUUGCGGCGUGGGAAGCAACAAAGAAAAAGGACCGUACAUUGAAAAUGCUAACGGCACGCUUGUGUAUGGAAGAAUCUAGAUUGGGUGUGCAGCCAAAUACACAAGGAGCUGAGGUUAUGUUUGUGCAAUCAAACAUAUCACGUGAGAGCAGUUGGUACAUGGACUCUGGUACUAGCGAUCACAUGCCUUAUCGUAAAGAAUGGUUCCAUGAUUAUGUCAAGUUUGAUACUCCAAAAGAUGUUCGCAUUGCGGAUGGUUCCAUAGUACAAGCAUAUGGUAGGGGGGAUAUUCACGUUGAAGCUUAUAAUGGCAACGUCUGGAACGCAAAGUACUUGGCUGAUGUGCUAUAUGUACCUGGUAUUAAAAUGAACUUAUUUUCAUCCAACGCAUGUUUAGACAAAGGUUACUCAUUGAUAGCGGAGGGCAACGAUUGCUAUUUUUAA